CCUGGAGGCGCUCAAGGUGGUGGAAAAGGACCAGGACGGGGGCCGGAAGUUGACUCCCCAGGGGCAGCGGGACCUGGAUCGCAUCGCUGGCCAGGUGGCUGCUGCCAGCAAGAAGCACUGAGGGAGCCAAUAAAACAUUUCCCCCCCAAACUCGAGUGUGGUUUUGAGGAAAAAACGCCCAAAAUUGGUUAAAUCUCCCCAAAAUAGCACCUGAUAACCUAAGGUGGGGGGGAAUGCUGAAAUGGGAGAGAAAUCCUGAAUUUGUGGGAAAAAAAAAAAUUCACGGUGAAAAGAGGAGGAAACUGCAAAAAAUUGCAGUGAAAAGUGCAAAAAUUUUGCAGAAACUGCCCCAAAAAUGUUAUUUAGGGAUCCCAAAAUAAAAGAAAAUGUCCCAAAAUAAUGGGAAAGUGUUACAAAGGGUGACAGUGCCCUGAAGGUUUAAAAAAACUCCUCAAUAGUACAAAAUCCCAAAUUAAAUACGGAUUUUUGGUUUAAAGUUAGAGGGUUUAGCCCAAACUGGGAUAUUGUCAGGGAUGGCACACCUGCAAUUAAAAAUUAAAUUUAUUAAACCCCAAAACUUUCUUAUUUUGGGGGUAAUUCCUGGUAUUCUGGCCUCCAAUUGCAGCAACUUCUGCAGGAGGUGAGUGGAAGAAAACAAAUCAACUUUUGUCCCUAAAUGUCAAUUUUUAGCAGCAGGUGAUGGGUUUUAUGGGUGAAAACACAUUUGGAAGGGGGAAUGUUGGGGUUUUUAAGACAUUUUUGUGUUUCACGUGGGAGUUUUGGGUCUAAAUCUCUAAAAUUGGUGUUUAUUUCACUUACCCUCAUUCUGUCCUUGCUCUGCUUCCAUCGCUGUCCUGGGAGACUCCAGGAUUGGAAAAAUAGAAUAAUUCCCCCUUUUCCCCUUUAUUUUACCUCAUGAAAUGUACUUUUAUUACAGAAAACAUUUUUUUCCCCUCAGAAAAUCAGGGUUUUCCCCAGAAUGCCGUGAUUUUUACCUCACAAAAUCAGAAUUUAGCCAGAAAACAAAAAAUUCCCUCAGAAAAAAAGAGAGGUUUGCCUCAGGAGAUGAUGGUUCUCUAUAAAAAAACACCUUCUGGCCCCAAACCCGAUGAUUUUUACCUCAGAAAUCCAAGUUUUUACCUCACUAAAAGAUUUUUCCCCUCAUGCAGGGUCGGCUCGCCUCAGGGACUGCGGAGAGGGGGCGGGGCCAAGGGGGAACGGCGGGCUCUGAUUGGUCGCUGCUGUGGGAGUGGGCGUGGCCGAAGCAAAGGGCGGGAAAAGCGCUGAGGGAGCCGCCGGCUCGCGGCCGCCAUUUUGUCCGCGGCACCUCAGGGGAAGGCAGCGGCGGCGGCGGCUCCGGGCCCGGUUGUGACGGGCAAAUCCCCGUUCCUACCGCCGCCUGCCCGCCUUGGCACAUCGGUGGGGAUCGCCGCUACGCGCUCCGGGGCUCCUGGCAGCGGUUGGAGCACGCCCCGGGGCGGUGCCAGGAGGUGCAGGCUGAGAACGUGACGGUGCUGGAGGGUGGCACUGCCGAGAUCACCUGUCACCUGCACAGGUACGACGGCUCCAUCGUGGUCAUCCAGAACCCCGCCCGGCAGACGCUGUUCUUCAACGGCACCCGAGCCCUGAAGGACGAGCGUUUCGAGCUGGCCGAGUUCAGCCGGCGGCGGCUGCGGCUGCGCCUGGCGCGGGCCCGGCUGGAGGACGAGGGCGGCUACUUCUGCCAGCUGUACGCCGACGACACGCACCACCAGAUCGCCACGCUGACCGUGCUGGUGCCCCCUGAGCCGCCAUUGGUCGAGGCGGGGGCGCUGGCGGUGGAGGGGGAGGAGCUUGAGCUCACCUGCCUGGUGCCCCGGGCGCGGCCAAUGGCGACGCUGCGCUGGUACCGCGACCGCCGCGAGCUGCCAGGGCGCAGCAGCCACCGGCAGGAGGGCAAGGUGUUCUGGCAGCGCUCGGUGCUGCACCUGCGGCCGGAGCGGCGCGACCACGGCGCCAUCGUCACCUGCGAGGCCACACACCCCGCCCUGGGGCGGGGCCAGCGCAGACAGACCCAGUACCAGCUGGACGUGCAGUACCCCCCCUCGGUGCGGAUCCACCCCUCGCAGAGCGUCCUGCGCGAAGGCGACACCUUGGUGCUCACCUGUGCCAUCAACGGCAACCCCCGCCCCACGGAGGUGGCCUGGA